UCCAAUUGAGUCAAAUGUGUUUGAGAGAACGAGGGAGAUGCCUUUGGAACAAAUAAUUGAAUGUGUUAAUUUUCCAAUAACUGUGAAAGUGGCAAACAAUAGAAGCAGGUCACCCAAGGAUGAAUUCACACUAAGAAGUGGAAUGCACCUUAAACUUAUAGGAGUUGAAACCACUACAUAAUGCUUGGUGUGGCUCCGUUUAACCGAAUAAUUGAACUUUCACCUUCAAGUGGUUUUUACUACGUACCGUGUGCUCUUACACAACCAAAGGAAAAUGAAGUUGAUUGCAACCAAUACAAGACUUAUCUACAAAACGCAUAUAUGGCAUCGAAGAUACAAAGCAGUGCCACAAACAUUGAUGAUUACUGCAAAUCCGUACGUUUCCACACACCUCGCAACAAAAGGGUGACCAAUCCUAAACCCUGGAACCGAAACUUUAACCUUCGUACACAGAAUCAACGUUCGUCACGAAAACCACAACCGCGUGGAAUAUCCGCCAUACAACUUAUUUCAAACCAACCUGUCCCUCGAGCAAGGCCGACGUUUCAAAACAAAAACCACGUCACGAGAGCUCUGCCUAUCCCUGACACAGGGCAUGCUACAUCAGCUUACCCCCCUUUACCCCCGAGGAAUAACCCCUCAUUUAGUGUUGCACCUGAAAACAGCAACGUACCCCCAGUACCCCCGAAAAUGAGGCCACAUAGCAUGUACGUGGAGAAAGCCCCCCCACCCCCUGACAUGCCAGCACGACCACCCCCCCUACCUAGCUCACACAGUAGUGUAAGCGAAGAUCAUCUGGAGUUUCAUACCAGGCCUUCAGUAAAUGAUGAAAGUAUAUGGGAGGUGUGGGGACCCGCUGGUAGCCAAGUUGUUGACUCAUCCAAGCACGAUGCUAGUCCAGGAAGCAGCCAGAACAGCCUUAAUGAACUCACCAAAGAAGUUUCCAAUGAAAAUAAUUCCUCAUUACAUGAAGUGGAACAGUUUGACAAUGAGCAACUACGCGUGGAUUCCCCUUCAUUCCCAAUAGAAAACAAAACUAAAUCGAGCCCAGUUCAAAAAUCCAGGACCUCAUCUGCAUAUGAGAACACUGAAAUCCAGUUUAAACCAGUUCAAACUGAAUCAGAUGAAGGCACACAGGAUGCAGAAGCCACACAACUUGUUAAUUUAUCUAAUGAUGUUGUGAAUGAAAAUGAAGACCAAACUAUGAUGGGUUUAGACAGGAAAUCUAAGAUUUACGAAAACCUGAAAGAAGCUUUGCUGAAGCAGAAACAAGAUGAUAUAAAUGAAAGUCCUUUACAUAAUGGGUAUGAAGAUACAACUGUUCCUAAGAUAUGCUUUAACAAUGAAGAUGGGACAAUAGUUUCAAAAGAUUCUGCAGCAGAUUUGAGCAGUCAACGCAGAAACAGUAUAGAUGGUAGUUCUGCUACACAAGCCCGACCUGUCAAACAAUAUGUUUUGCCACCUGAAGAUUGGGUUCCACCUGACAAUCCAGAAACAAUGACAGUCAAUGAUGUGUCUUAUGCAUUAAGGUUUAUUGGUUUAAGUGAAGACAUUGUUGAACUUUUCCAUAAUGAGCGAAUAGAUGGCCAAAUACUCACGGAACUUAAUAUCGAUAUUCUCACCAAUGACUUCUAUCUGAGCCAACUACAUCGCUUCAAAAUUUCCCGUUUCCUUGAAGGCUGGAGGCCAAAGCUGAGCUAAUGUGUUUUACUGUUAUUGCUACCAGGCAUAGUUUAAUAUAUAGUAAGGUGGGGGAAAAUGGGACACCUGUAGCUCAGAAUAUCCAAAUAUCCUGAUAGAGUUUUAAACAAUUAACAAACAUCUAUUGGAGACAUGAGGAUACGGAUUUAUAAUUUUUUGAAUUUUCUUUAUUUAUUCUCACAAUGGGUUGAGAAAAUAUAAUGAAAAGGUGUCCCAUCUUUCCCCACCAUAUAAAUUGGCUUCUUUACUGUAUUUCUUGCAUACAAGUCUUGCCUUAUGUCCGUUGAAACUUGGUAUAAUAAAAUUUAUAAUAAAGUUUUUACUAGAGGAGCCAAUUUAUAAAUUAAACUGUACUCCAUAAUGUUUCUAUAUUGUUUUAAAAUCUUGUUCUGUAUUCAAGAAAGUGAUAUUUUAUUUUAUUGAAAAAGUUUCACAGAAUAUACUGUUUUGUUCUUGCUACUUUUGUAUUAAAGUGAACGCGUUGCCGAAACCAGAUUUACUUUGCAGUGUCUUUUACAUAAUUUUAUCAAUUUUAUGUGUUUUAACGUUUACACUGUCGUAAUUUUUACCGAGAUAAUAUUUCGUAUAUGUUUUAAUCAGUUAUGACUGUGAAAAAUUUAAUAUCCUAUUGCUAUAAGCAUGAUCACUGUUUAAAACACGAGGAUAACCUGAGUGCAAUGACACAGUCAGUAGAUUCUUAAGCAGUAUCUUUCCAAAUUGAAUCAUAAAUGUGCCUUUUCUUCUUCUUGUAAUCAGAUGUUACGUUUUCUAUUACCAACAGAUCGUUAUAAAUUAUUUGUGCAA